AGCCAGUCUCUCAGUUGAAGCCCAGUCGUUGCGGUGGUCGAACGCAUAUCGGCGCGUAUCCCUCGCACUACACUCUUUCUUGGAUAUUUCUCUGUUCCUUCGGGACCUUGGUCAGGAACCCCUGCCUCGCAGACCCUCCUGACGCAUUCAUUGCUGCCUAUCUGUAUCAUUUACCUGCUCCCUCUGUCUCCUCCUAAGACUAUCCGAAGGAGAUUUGUGUAUUGUGAAUAGUAUGAAAAUUUGUGUUGGAGCGACUUCGUUAUAGGAACAUGCUACUGAGGUAUAUCUUCGACUCUUCUGGAAUGGGCCUUUUGCUUGGGUACACGACGCACACCAAACGGCCCGGGGCCUCGCAGGCGUGGCGAUGCAUGGGUACACUACUCGCACUCGCAUCCAUUACGCUGGCGAUGGAGGUCGUAGACCCGGAAUUACUUCGGCAGAGCCAUGAGGCCGCGGUCUCUUCUCUCCUACAAGAUCCCGCCCUACCUGACGCAGCCCACGAUCACCGCGCCCCCCGUUCAAUCCAGCAGAUUCCUCUUGGCACGUCAGGCUUCUCACUUCCUGUCGACAUUGAUCCCAUCCCAUCAGGCCCUCGCGUCACGAUGCCGCACAUCAGCUUCCGAGACAUGGGGAACAUUGUACACCAAGCAACGUUAGCUGUCAACGAAAGGUUCGACUCCAUAGAACCAGCCAUAUUCAACAGCGGUGCGCGACAGGUGCCAGGAACUCCUGCGUGGUACAUGGCAGCGUCGCACAAAACGAAGGUCGUGGCCAAGAACAUCUCGCGAAUCGCUCUCAUCUCUGAGGAAGCCACCAAAUACAUGGCCCAGCAAUUCCGCCUAGACAAGGACCAGGUGACGUAUGGCCUGCCGACGGCCGACGUGCGAGGGACUGUCCUUGCCGACUCCUGCCCUGUUGAGGUCGAUUUCCCUUGCCAGCCCCGCAAGUACCGCGCCUUUAACGGCUACUGCAACAACGUUCAGAAUCCUCGCUGGGGCAACGCUAACACCCGCUACCUGCGCUUCCUUCCGGCCAACUAUGGGGAUGGCGUCUCCGUGCCCAGGCAGACGUCCGCCGGAGAGUUCCUUCCCUCGGCUCGGGCUGUCAGCCUGGCCAUACACCGUGACCACGACACGCCGCACAAGUACAUGACGGCCAUCGCUGCUGUGUUUGGCCAGUUUCUCGCCCACGAUCUCUCCCACACGCCACAGAUGGCAGGGUACAUCGGCCAGCGCCUUCGCUGCUGCGGCGUCAACUUCAGCGAUUUCCACCCCGAGUGCUACCCGAUUCGAAUCCCCGACGACGACCCGGUCUACGGCCCAUUGCAACAGCGCUGCCAGGAAUACGUGCGAUCAGGCACCGCGCCCAGGACUGGCUGCACAUUAGGUCCCCGGGAACAGAUCAACCAAGUGACGUCUUUCAUCGACGGUUCAGUCCUAUAUGGGUCCAGCAAGGAGGAAUCCGACGAUCUGAGGGCCUUCACAGGAGGCCUCCUAAAGGUGCAACGUGGACCAGGCGGGACACAGAUCCUUGUAGAGGACGAAAACCAAGUGGACUGCAAGGCUCCCACAUCGAGACACAAGUGCUUCAAGUCCGGUGACGUGAGAGUGAAUGAGCACGUGGGAAUCGCCUCCAUCCAUCAGCUCUUCGUUCGCGAGCACAACCGCAUCGCCGCCGCUCUGAGAGACCUCAACGCCCACUGGACCGACGAACAGAUCUUCCAGGAGGCGCGACGGCUCGUCGGCGCCGAGAUUCAGCACAUCGCUUACACGGAAUUCCUGCCCUCCAUCCUAGGACAGGGAAUCGUUGAGAAAUACGGACUGACUCUCCAAACUUCUGGAUUCUUCUCCGGUUAUGAUAUCAAUAUCAACGCUGGCAUUGCAAAUUCUGUUGCUGGGGCAGCACUCAAGUUCGUGGCUUCCAUGAUGCCCAACAACGUUGCUUACUUUGCCGAGAAUCGAAAACUGAACGAAAAGCCGAUUACGGAAACAUUCUACCAGCCGUUUGACCUCUACGAACAAGGGAAGUUCGACCAGAUUUUAGAAGGACUUAUCACUGCGCACGCGCAGAAUGAAGACACUGCGAUUUCAGAAGCCAUGACGAACAAAAUGUUUGGAGAUACAAAGACAGGCGUGGGCCUGGACUUGGCAGCUCAGAUCAUCCAGCACGGCCGCGACCACGGAAUCGCCGGAUAUAAUAAGUGGAGGCAUUUCUGUGGGCUCCCGAAGGCGGCCAAGUUUGACGACCUCAGUGACGUCAUGUCCCCCGAAAACAUUAAGGCUUUGAAGGGAGUUUAUAAAGAAGUUGAUGACAUCGACCUCUUCACCGGCGGUCUAGCGGAGAAGCCGAACCGCGGUGCUCUCGUCGGCCCGACUUUCGGCUGCCUCAUCGGCCGACAGUUCCACUACCUUCGCCGUGGCGAUCGUUACUGGUACGAGAACGACAUCCCUCCGUCAGGGUUCUCUAAGGAACAGCUGUAUGAGCUCCGUAAAGUGACCCUCGCCAGGAUCGUGUGCGACAACAGCGACGGACUGGAGUACGCACAGCCGAAGGUCAUGCUGGAAGCUGACUCCUUCUUGAAUGCCCGUAUGUCAUGCCAGGGGAAAAACCUGAAAUCUGUGGACCUUCGCAAGUGGAAGACGGCGAGCCCGAACUUCAUCAUCCCCGACCAGAUGCUGGCGGAGAGCAUCGAGCGAGCUAAGCGCGACAUCGGCAGCAUGAGGGACUCGGAGUGGAAUCUCUGGGAGAGCAGAUUGGUCGCGUCUCCCAAAAGUCCUGUCGGAUCCGCCUACGCCUUCAACAAGCCCAAGAGUCAAGCCAUCAAGAUCUCGAACGCAUCCUUCAUCCUGCAGUUCGCGUCCGCUCGCUUCGUCAACAACUACUUCGCAGGGGAGCCUGGUGUACGAAAAGGACGUAAUACCGACAGACAGCUGAAGGACAUAGAAUCCGGCUCCCCAAACAACGUAGUGGACUUGAUGGAGGUUCUGCCGAACAUCGACGUCAGCGACAUCAUGGAAAUCCCCAACGUGUUUGAGUGCGACGACCAGACGCUGCCCUGUGACCACACCUCCAAGUUUCGCACCGCCACGGGCUGGUGCAACAACCUAAACUUCCCUUCCUACGGAAAGUCCUUCAGGGCCAAGACCCGUCUCCUCAGACCCGCCUACGAAGACGGUCUCUCCAAACCCCGCACGACUUCCAAGGUCGGCCGGACGCUCCCGUCGCCACGCCUGAUUUCCACCAACAUGCACAAUGAUGUGUCGGCCCCGCACGUACGCUACACACUGAUGGUCAUGCAGUGGGGGCAGUUCAUUGACCACGAUGUGAUUUUCACGCCAGUUAAUAAAGGUUUCCAGGACUCCAUCCUAGAUUGCAGGAGGUGUGACUCUCACCAGACAGUCCAUCCCGAGUGCUUCCCCAUCCCCAUUCCCGACAACGACCCGUUCUUCCCUCCCGUUAACAUCUCGUCUGGCCAGCCCUUCUGUAUCCCACUCACCCGCUCCAUGCCGGGGCAGCUCACUCUAGGCUACAGGGAGCAGAUGAAUCAGGUGACAGCUUUCAUCGAUGCUUCUCACACGUAUGGAUCAGACAAGUGUGAGCAACGCACCCUGCGAUUCUUGAAGGACGGCCUGCUGAAGGCAACUACCAACCCGCUGCGAGGAAAGCCUCUUCUGCCGACCGACUCCGAGAACCACGAAUGCCAGGCGCCUUCCGGCCGUUGCUUCACUGGAGGUGAUACUCGUGCAUCGGAGCAGCCGGGACUCGCUGUCCUCCACACGCUGCUCUUGCGAGAGCACAACCGCGUGGCCACAGAACUGAAGAGCAUGAACCCUCACUGGAGCGAUGAACAGCUGUUCCAGAACGCACGGCGCAUUGUAACGGCCGUCAACCAACACAUCACGUAUAACGAAUGGCUUCCCCGAGUGCUGGGAUGGAACGCCAUCAACCUAUAUGGUCUUAACCUAAUUCCAGAAGGAUACUUUGAUGGAUAUGACCCUUACUGCAACCCGACGAUCUUAAAUGAGGUCGGAAUCGCCUUCCGCUUCGGCCACUCGCUCCUGAAGCCGUCGCUGGAGCGCAUGGACGGCAUUUUCGCCAAGCGCGACCCUCCCAUCAAACUCAGCGACCAUUUCUUCAAUCCCGACCUUUUAUACCAGCCCGGCAUGAUCGACGAAAUCAUCCGCGGCCUCACAACGGUAUCCAUGGAGACACUGGAUCAGUUCCUCACCGAUGAGGUCACGAACCAUCUGUUCGAGGACAGGAAGCUUCCGUUCUCUGGCCUGGACCUCGCAGCGCUGAACAUCCAGCGCGGGCGUGACCACGGCCUGCAGCCCUAUAACGAGUACCGUGCACUCUGCAACCUCACGAAGGCGAGGAAUUUCGACGACCUGCGACGCGAAAUCGCCGCACCUGUCAUUGAGAGACUGAAGCGCACCUACGCCCACGUGGACGACAUUGACCUGUUCACUGGAGGUCUCGUGGAAACGCCACUGCACGGAGGCCUCGUGGGACCUACCUUCGGCUGCAUCCUUGGCAUUCAGUUCCGCAACCUACGCAUGUGCGAUCGCUUCUGGUACGAAAACGCUGAUCCUCUCGUGCGCUUUACUGAUCCUCAGCUCACGGAGCUCCGAAAAGUGACUCUCGCAAAGGUCUUGUGCGACAAUUGUGAUUCUGUGGAAUCUGAACAGCGAUCAGCAUUCGACCUCCCCGAUCCCUUCUUAAACCCCCGCGUCUCAUGCCGCGACCUGCCCGGCAUUAACCUGGAGCUGUGGAAGGAGCGCGUGUCCUGCAGUGUCGGCACGACCAACAUCGACAUCGGAGCGGCCGAACGCAUCUCCCCGUGUGUGAUGUGCACGUGCACCAAGGAGGGACCUGUGUGCCAGAGCCUGAAGAUUGACAACUGCUUCCACCUGGCGCAGUCCUACAGCCCCGAGGCCAUCCUCAACGACCACGUGUGCAAGGUCCAGUGCGCCUUCGCCUUCCGAGCUUUCCCGAAAGUCGCCGCGCAAGACUCGAACCAGCUCGGCUUCGCCAACAGAUAAACAGGCCAAACGCUCACAAUUGAUUACAUUUUGCAUAAUUAUCCAAAUGAUACUUCAAAACCACGAUAUUGGAUGAAGUUCUGAAUGAUCCCGAUGCUUGUCAAAUGCCAACUCUCGUUUUUGUUACAAGGAGUCCGUCUUGGUCCUAGUAUUAUGUCGAUGAUUCAUCAAAGCUUAAAUAUUGA